AUGCACACAAAGAACAGCACUUCUGAGCCUGACUAUCUGCAAAAAACCAUCUAUUCUGUAAUAAUUUUAAUCUGUAUUCCAGGGAUUGUUGGAAAUGGAAUUGUCAUCCAACUUUUGCAUUUCCAGAUUAAGAGGACUCCUUUCACUGUCUAUAUCCUCAAUUUGGCUGUGGCGGACACUGGGACUCUCCUGUUCGUGUUUAUCUCCGCAAUUCGGCACUUAACUACUGAAGAUUCCCUCAUAGAAAUUAUAGAAGGUUUACUAUGCACUUACUGCAUAGUAAGUGGUCAAUUUCUUUUGACAAUCAUCAGCAUUGACCGGUGUUUGGCUGUCUUCUUCCCUAUUUGGCAUCGAUGCCAUCAGCCACUACACUUGCCUACCAUACUCUGUGCCUUUUCAUGGAUAGUUUCUGUUCUUUUCUGUGCAAUUCAUUACACUCUGAUUUGGGUUAUAGAUCUUCAAAAGUUCCUCCAAUAUUUCCUUAUUCUCAUAUUUAUCUCAGUUUGCAUCCCAGUCAUGGUGGCUUCCAGCCUAGCCCUCUUCAUCAAAGGCUACCUUAAAUCACAAAUGAAGAAGCGAGGAAAACUUCUCAAGGCCAUCCUGCUUGCCCUGUUUUUCUUCCUCAUCUUUUCUAUUCCACCAAGUGCCAUUUAUCUCAAUGAUAUUAUUUCCAAGAGGAGAUAUUUCAAUUUCAUUCCAUAUGGUUACUUAUGUGCCUGUCUAAACAUCAGUGCUAACCCACUCAUCUAUUUCCUCUUGGGGAGAAGGAAGGAACACCAUUGCAGAUACAACCUGAAAAUUAGCCUCCAGAGAGUUUUCAAGGAGGAAGAAGAGAGCAAAGAGCCAUCAGACAUCCAUGCUGAGGUGUAG